UGUUCAUGUGUCUCGGGCAUGAAAACAAACAUGGCGGAACCCAUCGAGCUGCUCUGCUGGGGAGGAGACUGGGGUCUGCCGUCCGUGCAAACAGACUCCCUCGUCGUACUGGCAUAUGCAAAAUUUGCAGGUGCAGAACUGACAGUGAAGUCUGUUGACUGGACGUGGAGGACUAUUACAGCAUCUGUACCACAAAUACACUAUGAGGGAACCACAGUCACAGAGCCAACGCAGAUACUGAACUUUUUACGAAAACAGAGAUUCAAUGCAGACUUUGAGUUAACAGCUAAGCAAGGAGCCGACACAAUGGCUUACAUCGCACUGCUGGUGGAAAAGCUGCGGCCGGCACUGCUGCACACAUUCUGGGUGGACGCGGAGAACUAUGCUAAUCUAACGCGGCCCUGGUUCACGUCACAUUCUCCGUUCCCUUUGAACUUCUUUGUACCGGGUCGACAGGCCAGCUUGGCUCUGUCUCGUAUCCUACUGACCAAAGCAGAGUCGCCGUUGCUGAAUAUUACAGAAGUAGAAGGAAAGAUCUACAGUGAAGCCAAAGAGUGCCUGAAUCUGCUCUCUCACAGACUUGGAAACUUCAACUUCUUCUUUGGAGACUCGCCUACAAGCCUGGAUGCGUUUGUAUUUGGCCAUAUCGCUCCUCUUAUUAAAGCCCCUCUGCCCAGUGGACAGCUUCAGAAGCACCUGAACCAGCUCGAUAACCUCUGCCAGUUCUGCAACACCAUCCUUAAAAACUACUUCACUGACGCCACUGCUGAGAAGAGAAUAGACUGCUCACCGACGGUUGCCCAUGAUCCUGUUGACGCAAACCUCCAGAAACUGACACAGCUUGUUAACAAAGAGUCCAACCUUAUUGAAAAGAUGGAUGACAAUCUUCGCAGCAGCCCACAGCACAGACCCCAUAGACAUGAGGCCAAACCCUCAGCCCCCGCCAGCGACAGGAACUCAACGCCUGCCUGAGAAACACACAUUGACUUUACCAUUAUUUAUUUAUUUUUCACUGACAUGGACAUUACUUACAAAUCAUAUUUAAAUUAUUAACUUACCAGUAAGGUGAAAAACGAAUGCAAAUUAGUCAUGAUGCAGUUGCUGAAAUGUCAGAUUGAGUGUUGAAUGACAUAAAGGGCUUGUUAAAUGGGCAUUUAACAGAACAUGGCAAUUUAAUUGUUGGACUGAGAAAUCAUAACUAUGUGGCAACUACAUAUAAAAUGGGAAAAACAUAUUAAAAACAUAAGAGCUUUAAAUAACAGUUGAUAAGUUAAAAAUACUGUUAAACUAGUUCAGUCUUUAUAAAUUAAUUGGAACUUUGAUUUGACCUUUACAUGCUGUUUUUUGUGAUUCAAGUGUUGUUUUCAUGAAUGGAUCACAAUCAUUGACUCAUUGAAGAACUUAGAAACUGAAAAAAAAAACUUUCCAACAAUUUUCCUUAGUAAAAUAGCAAAAUAACCGAUAAUGUGUCUAAAAUGUAACUCACUGAAUAUUAACUUCUACCUUUUCUGAAUUAGUCUUCAUUGCUGUUGGACUUUGCCUAGUCCUCCCAGGUUAAAACAUCAGUCAGAGGCUUAAAAUAAGUUCAAUAAGUUUAAUUAAUUAGAUGAAUAAAGCAUUACAGAGCUCUAGGUUUCAGAGAACAGCAACACAGGUCCCCUCCGCCCCUUCCAUAUUUAUCGACGUCUCUUUUCAGCCCUGCCCAGGGAGCGCUUCAGUAAGAAAGAUUGUCUAUCCAGAUCAGCCCAGCAGAAAAAGCUAAUCUGCACAGGAAAAGUUACGUAUACACAACAGAGCCCACAAGAGAGUGAACCUGCACCGCUCCCAUCCAUGAUUCUUCCUGUAAAUGAGCACACCCUGAAAGAAGAGUUGUAACAUUUUGCUGAGAACAAGUUCUGAUGAGUUAACUUCUCGUUUAUCAGUCACACAAAGCCAAAGCUGUUAAGGAGCAAAGUUAUAUGAGGAUAAACACAUCAGCUAACGCUGUAAUUAAAUAAAAACAGAAUUAAACUAUUAAUGCAAGGAUUAGGCUAUUAAUGCACUGGGCAAAGUUAAAAUCAUCAAAAAUUCCGUCUGAAUGCUCUCGGAGUCUCUACAUGUUUUUGUUUGUUGUUGGUUUUUUGUUCGUUUGCUGUGAGAGACAUCUCAUGAUAUCAGCUUUCACAUUGUUAAACCUACAAUUACAAUAUUAUCCUAUGUGAUGAAUAUUGCAUAGCCCUAAUUAGGAGUUUGUAACGGUUACUUGCGUUCACAUGGCAGGUGAAAUCUAUUAUAGCACACAUGUAGUUUGGCAUUGUGCCUCAUUACAGGAUUUUUCUCUUCUGUUUGUCCUGUUUGUGUUUGCAUUGACGUCACUUAACACAUUCUUUAUACUUUUGGUCCAAAGGGAUCUUGAACACCUGAUUUUGUGUACCGUGUAUACAUUUAUUAUUUUUCAUAUUCCUCUGAAAACUUUUAUACAUGCAACAAUUGCCUUUAAAGUCCAGUGCUAUGCCAUGCCAUCUCACCUGGUGUUAUCAGACAUCCAUUGUGUUGUUAGAAAUUGUUUAUUUCCAAAUAUAUCUGUGUACAGAAAUAUUCAAGUAUAUGUACAUAAAUGCAAGGUGGCAUUCUUUGAAAAUAAACAGGGUGAAAAGCCA